AUGCCCGUAGCUCCAGUCGACAAUAGAGGUACACAUCUGUACUACGAAGACUCCGGCUCUCCACAAUCAUCGCAAACGUAUACCACGAUCGUUGCUAUUCAUGGAACCAUUUAUCAUGGAGGAAUGUUCCGGCCCAUUUUCCCCUUUGCUGCUGAGAAUAACCUGCGCUUCGUCACUGUUAACCUGAGAGACUAUCCAGGCUCUACACCAAGCUCUCCUGCAGAGUUAAGUGCUCUGCUAGGUGACCCUGAGGGUCAGGCGGGGUGGCUUCGUGAUAGAGGAAUUGAGAUCGCGGCAUUCUUGGAGUGGUUCAUCCGCAGUGAACACAUACCACAGACGACCACGGUUGUCAAUGGAGGCUCUGAGAGCUUCGUUGGGGAUCCAAGUCCUCAUCCGUUCGGACUUGACUUCAGUGAGAUUGCAGACUUUGUGCCUGGGAGACCGCCCAUUAUCGUCAGGCCCACUCAAGAAUGGGUUGAAUGGUUUUUACUGUGGAUAUCAUCUUACUAUCACCACACUCCCGCCACACUGUCCUCGUUCGAGGCGUUGUCCGGACCCGACUUUAUGUCUGGUUGUGCGCAAGCCCCCAUCACGGAUCCUCGGCCGGAGGAGCGACCCACUCUGCUUUGCAUGUCCGAAGAGGAGAGGCGGGAUGCCCUUGACUAUAUUCAUGCGCCCCGCUCGUGCGUUCCCAUGGCUCUCAUCGACAAAUCUGUCUUCCUAGAGAACAUGCGCCGAGCAUUAUGGGACUGCAGCGUCUGGCCUCACCUGAGAGUGACACUUGUCUGGUGCGAAAUGUCUCCCGGCGAAAUGCUCGUUGGAUCUUGGCAUCUCGCGAAGCAGAUUCGCGAGGCGUGGCCGAAUGGUGCUCGGAAAGUGUCUGUGAAACGGAUGGAAAAUGCGAAUCAUUUCCUGUUCUACAAGGAUAGCGGGGCGCCCCCUCACACAUCCGCAUAUGUGACAUUAGUCUUGAUCCAUGGAGCGGUUUUCCAUGGAGCCAUCUAUCGUCGCAUACUCAAACAUGCCACCAAUCACGAUUUGCGUCUAGUGGCAGUUAAUCUCCGCGACUAUCCAGGGUCCUCGCGCUUCACUGCCAGCGAGCUCGAUCCCCUAGGGAAAUCAGACAAGGAGAGUCAGGCACUUCUAUACAAGGCUCGGGGGCACGAGCUUGCUUCAUUCCUCAUAUGGUUCAUACGGAAUGAGAAGAUACCACCACUGACAACCGAGGAAGGCAAGGCUACCGGAGGGCUGUCCCUACUGAGCUGGUCUUGGGGGACGACUAUGACAAUAUCUAUGCUUGCACAUGCUGAAUCCCUGCCGCUGGAAUUCCAGGAACUUCUCGAUAAAUAUUGGAGAUCGCACAUCGCGUUCGACACACCUGCGUACGCCUUGGGCGCGCCUACCCCUGCGGUCGAAGAGAUGUACUCCCCACUCUCAGAUCGCUCAAUACCGCUGGAAGACGUAGGCCAGGUCACAUCGCUCUGGGUGUCGAGCUACUUUGCUCAUUCACAAUCUGUGAUCAAUUCCCUGCCAUCCCUUCCGCGCGACGAAUUCUUCUCCGGCUUAGCAAAAGUCGCGAUGCCUGACCCGCCCGCUUCCCAUGCACCUACAUUGCAGCGGAUGACCGCCGCAGAGCUCGCAGAGGUGUCCGACCCUUCUGUGAUCGACCGGUCUCACCUGUUAAUGGUAUCAGUUGAUCCGUCGAUCUUGUCGGACAACCUGCGGCGUGUGCUCUGCAAAUCGUCGAUAUGGCCACGCCUGCGUGCCAUCUUCGUGUGGUGUGAGAUGUCUCCCCCGGAGAUGGUCUACGGGGCAUGGUACAUGUGCAAAUUGAUUAGGGAAACGCAGUCGUCGGAUGGGCGGGAAGUUGUUAUCGAGCGUAUGGGAAGCGCGAAUCAUUUCGUGAUAUGGGAGGAACCUGAGAUUGCUCUAGAAUUUCUAGCGAAACUGGUGUGA